GCUAGAAAAUUUGCAGCAAAAUCACACAGGUUCUUUUCUGACUACCUAAUUUCCCUUCUCUCCCAGCCAUGCUUCCAGAAUCUUCUGUUCCUUGUCAACAGCAAGAAAGAAGGAAAGGAUCUGUGAAGCUGGUGACUUUUGAUGACGUGGCUGUGGACUUCAGCUGGGAGGAGUGGCAGGUCCUGGACAUUGCUCAGAGGAAUCUGCACAGAAAUGUAAUGCUGGAAACCUACAGCAACCUGGUGUCCUUGGCGCCCUGUGUUCCUACACCUCAGUUGAUUGUCAAGCUCCACCAAGGUGCAGAGGCAUGGACAGGAGAAGCCUCAGACAAGAAUUUCACAGAUGUUGAAGAAAUGGAGGACAUGUUUAAAACUUGCCAGGAAAGUACAGAUGAAUGUCUCUGUGAAGGAGCAGUCAUGAAUACUAAGACAGAGAAGGAAAAAGUAGCAACGGAUUUUUAUCUGAGGUCAAAACAUAAGCCAGAGCUGAAUAGGAAUAAUGGAAACUUUUUAGGAAUGAGGACUGAGGAGUUCCUUGAGUAUCAGAACAUGCUUUUCUAUAGUGAGCUCGAGGAGAUGCAGGCUGCAUAUAGACCUGGUGUGUCUCCUGUAGUUGAAGAAUCUAACCAAUGUAGAAAGUCUUUUAGACAGAAGUCAUACCUCACUCUGCAUCAGAGAACAAACACAGAAAAAACAUCUUAUGGAUGUAACAAAUGUGCAGCGUCUUUCAAGUGCAAGUCACAACUUACUAAUCAUGAGAGAACACACACAGGAGAGAAACCUUAUGAAUGUAACAAGUGUGGGAAAUGUUUUACCUCCAAGAUAACCCUUACUCAUCAUCAGAGAAUUCACACAGGAGAGAAGCCUUAUGAAUGUAAAAUAUGUGGAAAGUCUUUCAGAUACAAGUCAUACCUCCCUUCUCAUCAGAGAACACACACAGGAGAGAAACCUUAUGAAUGUAACCAAUGUGGAAUGGCUUUCAUAUGUAAGUCAACCCUCAAAACUCAUCAAAGAAUACACACGGGAGAGAAACCUUAUGAAUGUAACCAAUGUGGAAAGUCAUUCAUCCAGAAGAUACAGCUUACUGCCCACCAGAGAAUACACACAGGAGAGAAACCUUAUGGAUGUAACAGGUGUGGAAAGUCUUUCACCCAGAAGACACAGCUUAUUGUCCACCAGAGAACACACACAGGAGAGAAACCUUAUGAAUGCAACCAAUGUGGGAAAUCUUUCAGUUCCAAGUCAUACCUUAGUUAUCAUCAGAAAACACACACAGGGGAGAGACCUUAGGAAUGUAACAAAUGUGGACGGUCUUUCAGAGGGACAUCAAGCCUCAAUGUUCAUCAGAGAAUACACACAGGAGAGAAAACUUAUGAACGUAACAGAUGUAGGAAACCAUUCACCAAGAAGGAACACCUUACUGUCCAUCACAGAACACAGACACAGGAGAGAAACCUUAUUUAUGUAGCAAAUGUGGAGUCUUUCAAGUUCAAGCCUAAUCUUAGAGCUCAUCAGAGAAUACAUACAGGAGAGAAACCUUAUGAAUGUUACAAAUGUGGAAGGCCUUUCAGACAGAAGCAAUACCUUACUGUUCAGAGAAAAACAUACGGGACUGAAACCUUAUGGAUGUAA